CGAAGAAGGAGGAGGAAGAACAAGAUGAAGGUGUGGUUUUUAAAAGGGUAUAUUUAUACUGCCAGUAGGAAACACAGGACACAGUUUCAUAUGGUGUGAGCUGAAUUUUGCUGCAAACCAAGUUAACGGUCUUGUGAUUUUACUCGGUUUUCCUCCUGUCUUCAGCCUGGUCAGAUGUGUGGAGAUGAAUCACAGCGGUGUGACUGAGUUUCAGCAGCUGUGUGGAAGUUGGACCACCCUGGUGAACCGCCUAUAUGAUGACCCCAAGGUGUCACAGCUGAUGAAUACAAGAAUCGGGCAGUACCUCAGCAGCCAUCCUGCCUUAGCUCUGACAGUGGUGCUGUUCAGCACCAUCGCUGUACUGCCUGUUGGACUUUUCCUCAUUUUUGCUCUUGUGACCAUUGUUAUGUCUGCAGUAGGUUUUGUUUUCUUUGAAGUGUUCCUGUUGUUUGUAGGAGGGUUGAGUCUGCUGUGUGUGCUCUCCGGCAUCGCCCUCUUCUCUGUCGUGGCUUCUUUCGUCUUUAGCGUGUUUUAUAUGGCCAUCUCCAACGUCCUCAAAAUUAAGCAAGGUAAAGUCCAAGAGAAGGAGAGAGAAAUUUCACAGCAGACGGAAAUGCAGUAGUUUGAUUCUUCUCUUUCAUUUGUCAGCUCUGAUGUGAAAAAGCUCAAAAUCAUGUACAGAGACCUCAAAUCACUACUGGUGCUCGAUGAGUCGGAUUCAGAGGACUCUGUAGUGUACCGUAUGGUGACUUGAGCGCAAAAUCUGCAAGUGUAACACAUUUUCUAAGCAUAAAGACUCCCUGGUGGUCUCUGUGUCUGUACAUCCAGUGAAAUAUGCAUAAAAUAUCUACAACUGCCCAAAAGAUGGUAUAACCAAUGUUUCAGUUGCCUUAAUACUCAAAUAUUCAAGGAUUAUGGUACUCUAAUCUGUACUCUAAAUGUCUUCAAAUGGCGGCUUAUUUCAAUUAAAGGAGGAAAAUGUUGACUUGACAUUAAUCCAAUGUGGAUUCUGGUGUUCAGUCUGAUACUACCUGUGUAGGCUGUGUUUGUCUGCACAUGCCAAAAAAUGCACUACAAAAUAACUGUUACAUGUAUAUGUUUGCGGUUAGCUUAAGAGCACAAUGUUGUAUGUCUGUAAUGCAGCUUUGAAUAAAAGCUAAUCAGAAUUAA